UUUAGGACCUGGACUGGCAACCCUAGGUGUGAGAGGGGCGGAUACCCAAACGGGCUCACACGCAGCCUCGUACGGGCGGGGGCGGGGGCGGGGGCGGGGAGAGCAGGCGGCCAGGAGCUCCUGGGAAAGUUUACAGGCCUCAUCCCCCGCUCCCCGCCGCGCUCGGUCUCCGGGCCCUUCUCCCUCCGGCCCCAGGGCGGGCGGGGUCCAUGCCGGGGCCGCGGGGCAGCGCUGUGCCAAGGCCGGGCCGAGCCGCCGGCGGCUCCCCAUAAAGUUGUUGUUGAGGCGGAGCCGGGCUGGGAGAGGAUCGGGCCGGGCGGCAUGAUCGGCACCGUGCUCUGCUACCUGCUGCUGCCCGCAGCGCGGCUCCUCCGGGCCCUCCGAGAUGCUUUCUUUACGUGUCGAAAGAAUGUGCUUCUGGCGAAGAGCCCGACCACCCAGGUAGGGGGUAUCUCUUCUGUGCCCAGCAGGAGGUCCGUUCCAGAAGAGCAGGAAGCCCUGCUGCAGCAGCAGCCGGAGGCGGAAGCUGGUGGGCUACACAGCAGUGAGAGUCCUCUAGUGGUGGCGAAGGUGUCAGCCACACUGCCUAGUGACUGGCUGGAAGGCUCAGAAUUAUUGAUGACCAGCCUUAGCAAUCUGAAUGCGGCUACAGAGGUCACAUGGUGCAGUGAUCAGCAAGACGAUGAGCUACAUACAUUAAUAUCUCUAGGACCAAAGGAACAUGCUGCAGUCACAUUGGCAAAAUUAUCAGAAGAGGAAAGUGUGGCUAUGGUGGGCAUUGCAGCAUGGGCAGCUGUAAGGACACAGACCGAUCACCAGAUUAGUGGCUGCACCCCUUCAGCCCUGGAAAGGGAGGAUGAAGAUACUGCUGUGCUGGACUGGAGCCUAGCACAUGACACAGAGAUAGUGCCAGUGGAGGCCACAGCUUGGCACUUUUAUGAGACAGGACAAUUCCAGCCUUUUCCAGCAGAGAGACCUUACCACGAGAUUUUAUGGAGGGACUGGGAGGAUCUCUUUACACAGUUUGCGGUUCCAGAGCUGGGCUCAGACAAUGGGCCUCUGUUUGAAUUCCGAGUCAUGUCUUACAACAUUCUGGCCCAGGACCUGGUGAAGCAGAGCCCUGAUCUCUACCUGCAUUGCCAACCAGAUAUCCUGGACUGGAGCUAUCGUCUCCCAAACCUCUUGCAGGAAAUCCAGCACUGGGACCCUGAUGUUCUGUGUCUCCAGGAAGUGCAGGAGAAUCACUACCGCGAGCAGCUGGAGCCAACAUUCAGGAUGAUGGGCUUUGCGUGCUUAUACAAACAGAGAACAGGAAAAAAGACAGAUGGCUGCGCAGUCUGCUACAAGCACAGCAGGUUCCAGCUGAUCAGUGCCAGCCCUGUAGAAUACUUCCGGCCUGGCCUGGACAUCCUAAACAGAGACAAUGUGGGUCUGGUGUUGCUGCUGCAACCUCUACUCCCGGAGGGUGUAGGACAGAAGGCAACAAGCCCCCUGUGUGUGGCUAACACUCAUGUGCUGUAUAAUCCCCGCCGAGGAGAUAUCAAACUUGCACAGAUGGCCUUGCUCCUAGCAGAGGUUGACAAGGUUGCGAAAACUGUUGAGCGUGGGUAUUGUCCUGUCAUCUUGUGUGGAGACCUGAACGCUGUGCCUGACUCUCCGUUGUACAAGUUCAUCCGGAAUGGUCAGCUCUCCUACCAUGGGAUGCCAGCCUGGAAGGUUUCUGGACAGGAAGACUUCUCCCAGCAGCUGCACCAGCGGAAGCUGCAGACCCCACUCUGGCACAGCUGUCUAGGUAUAACGGACAACUGUCAAUAUGUCACUCUUUGCCAGCCAAAGAAAUCAGACAGACACAAAUACAGCCGGGACUUCCUGCUUCAGUUCCGUUUCUGUGAUGCUGCCUGUGAACGACCUGCACAUCUGAUUCUGCAGAAGGGCGUGACAGAUGUUAAACCAGAUCGCCCUGCACAUUGGCCCAAGCAUCUCACCAUGGUGAAUGAUCCUGAUCCAGAGCUCUUCUUCCCAAGGUUUCCAGGUGUUAUCCGGCAUGGCCUUAAUCUGACCUCUGCCUAUAGCCACUUCUUGCCCCAGAGAGGUCGCCCUGAGGUCACAACCAUGCCCAUGGGCCUUGGAGCUACAGUUGAUUAUAUCUUCUACUCAGCAGAGCCCAUUGAGAAUGGGAACGAAGGGGGUCGCAGGCUAUAUCGAGAUGGAGCCCUGAAGCUGCUUGGCCGCCUCUCCCUGCUUUCCGAAGAUGUCCUGUGGUUGGCAAAUGGCUUACCCAAUCCCUUUUGCUCAUCUGAUCACCUCUGUCUGCUGGCUAGCUUUGGCUUGGAGAUCUCCAGUGCCUGAGAGAGGGGGAUUGUGUGGGUCCCCUCAGAUGAGCUGGACUGAAUGCAGAAAUUGUGCAUUCAGAGCCUCAAUUGGCUCGCAGGAAACUUCCUUUCCAUUUCCCCCCCAUCCUUGAUGUAACAGGAGCAUGAGGGGCAGGAAAGUUGAGCCCUUCCCUCCAUUGCUACUCCAUGGGACUCCAUUACUGGCUGAUGCCCAGUUGUUCUUUGGCUGCACUCUCUUAAAGGGACCUGGGCAAUUAACUUCCUUACCUAUUUGGUCUUGCAACCUCUGGCAGAUGUUCUAGCUGUGAUGUUCUUACAUUGCUGGAAUCAACAUGACUUCUGCUUAUUUACUUGUCUCUGUGUGCUGCUCAUCAGUGAUCUGGGAAAGAUCAGAUGCAGUUUUGUGACUCGUGUGGGCUUUUUUUUUUAGUUGGCUACUUGCUGCCAACACCAGGGGGUGCAACCAGUCAUCAUCUGCCACACUAAAAUGGUGAUUCUUUUUAAUUUCCUACCAACAGUGUAUGGAAUGCAUUCCCCUUGGAUUCACCCAAGCAUCCCUUCUGUCACCUGUAACUUAAGAUUGGACUGGGCUUGAUGGUGGCUCGGGAAUGGAAUUGAAGUAGCCUUUACCUAGGGAUACCUAAAGAGAGUUUCCAUCAGGUUCACCCAGGUCUUGCACCCAGCACACACAUCAGCAGAAUGAGUUUGAAGUUUCAAUAACUUUCUGUAGGGAGCUUUCUAUUGUUAUGAGACCACUGUACCAAUAAGGUCUGACACAAGGAUCAGUGUGAUAUGGAGGUGCUGGUUCUCCAGAACCAUCAUAGAAAGCUCUGGAAUUGCCACAGCAGAAAUCUGAGAUCCUUGGAAAGGCUCCCUCACUGCCUUCCUGACCAUCUCAGAACAGUUCCUAGUACCUCUCUUGGCACUUAAGUGAUAGAGAAGGAUUUGCCAAGGCCCUUCCUAUGGGUUUCAUGCAGGGCAAACAGUGGACAGUUCUGGACUGAUAAGAAUGUGAGAGUGAUGAAGGGCUGUGGUCAUAGUUGCUUGCAGAACAAUGUUAAAGAGAGAAGGGGUGCCAGAAGAAGUGGAGGAAUAGCUGCUUCCUCUUCCUUUUAGAGGUACUUCACUGGUCUUCAAAAUGUAGUAAUCAAGGCUCAGGACAGAUCAGAUGUCCUCCUGGCCAAACAUGUUAUUGUGUGUGCGAAUUAUUGCCCCGUUCUGGAUCUAUCCUGUAAAGCGAGGUGAGCUGAUAGGAGCUGCUCCUCUGUCUGUGAUUUGGAGCCAUAUCGGUUUGGAGCCAAAGCUUCAGUACUUGGAUCCCAUUGUAGCCUUAUUGUCGUGUGUUGAUGAUAUAUUUACCGGUCAGCAGUGACUUGUUGCUAGUUCUUUUGGAGUUUUUUUUUGGUGCUGGACCCUGCAGGUCAGAUUCCUCAGCAUGACCUGAUCGUUAGUGCUCAGUAUUUAUCAAUGAGUUAUGAGAAGAAUGUUAGCAGAAGAGUUCUCCAGCCUUAAACUCCACUUCUGGGGCUGAGAAAUCUCCUGACCCUAUCUUAGCCAGGUUUUUGGGAGGGAGGAGGGUGAGAAGCUUGAAAUAACUAUAACUGGAUUGUUUUGAAUAAUGCAUUAGAGAGGUUUCAGUGUUUUAAGUGUUACUUUCUUAAACAUCUUAUUUGAAAAAUAAAAUUUUAUAAUUUCA